AUGGCAAACAUGGUCCUGUACCGCACUCUGAGUUACAGAGACCGUGUCCCAGUAGAAACUGGAACAAACACUCGUGGGGACCGGCGCUCCACGACUGAACCCCCAGAGCGACCGACGGACGACCCGGCCGAACUCUCCACGCAGAGCUCGGCCCCGGGGGUGCUGAAGAUCUUUGGAGAUGAAAUCUGUGCCGGUGCCAACUACAAGAGCGUCCUGGCCACGCCGCGCUCCAGUGCCCAGGAGCUGGUCAAAGAGGCACUCGACCGUUACUCUCUCAACAAGAACGCUGCCCACUCUUACGUCCUGUGCGACGUCAUCGGGCGUUUGGAGGGGGAAGGUGGGAUAGGAGAAGGGGGGUGGCGAACCGAAUGCUUGCGUGCGAUGGGGGACAACGAAAAGCCGCUGUUGCUCCAGGAGCUUUGGAAACCCAGAGAGGGACACGCUCGCAGAUUUGAGCUGCGCAGGAGGGCAGAGGUGGAGGAAUUCAACGCCAAAGAGAAGGACACCAUCACUGCUGGUCCAUCUCGGGGUUGGUUCCAGCGGUCGAAGGUGCUGCAGAUUCAGGCGUGCUUGCGGAUGGUCAUGGAGUGGGCGAGCAAGUCGGGUCUGGGACACCUGGCCGACAAAUUCUUCACCAAACUCAACAGCGCUGUCUCCAUACUGGCCACGCCCCCACAACAGCUCACACAGUUAAGUUGGCGGGCUCUGUCCAGUGAGCACCCGGCUCUGAAGCCAGUACAGCUGCACAGGAUCCUCACCCAGUACCAGCUCACAGCAGAGAUAGGCCCUGUCCCAUCAUGGCAGCCCAGCAGCGAGGACGAGGCGUAUAUAUACAGAACAGUGGACCUCCUGGAGAGCUUUGAGAACCACCCUCCCAUAGUGCUGCCCAGCGGCGGCUUCAGAGUGGACCUGGAGAGCGAGUGUGUGGAGGACAGCAUCUACAGACAGCUGCUCUACAUCCGCCACUACCUGUGGGGGCUGCGCACCAAGACGCAAACACACGCCAACACUCCCAGUGUGCACACACACUCCAACGGGACCAACACAGCCGACUGGCCCGACGUACAGAGGGAGUCGCUGCCUCCGGCCCACAGCAGUCCCCGCUCCGGGGGUCCUGGGGAGGAGGUGACGGGGGAGCCGGGAGAGGAUAGGGCACGGGAGAGGCCUCCAGGCCAGUCACACACACACAGCCUCAGGAGGAACGGCACCAUCCACCACGCCCGGACAGCAAAUCCAGACCCGUCCUGCCUCUUGACCCCCACCAACACCCCGCUGUACCCCGACGAAGGGAGGGGGGGAGGAGGAGGGGGAGGGGGAGGGAAGUUCAUAGGCCCCAUCGCCCAGACUAACGGCUGCGGCAGCAGAACUGUGGCCGAGUGUAAAAAGACCAACGGACUCAUCAGCAAUGGACUGGAGGGGUGUAUUAGUGGGUGUGAGUUUCCUUUCCCUGUAUCAUCCCCUGGCGCCCCUCCCCUUCCUGAUGACUUGUGUGUGGUGUUUGUAGUGGAACUGGACAAAGGACCCUACGGACUCGGCAUGGGACUCAUAGACGGCCUGCACACUCCUCUCAACGCUCCAGGCAUCUACAUCCGAACUCUGAUCCCCGACGGCCCGGCGUCGUCUGACGGCAGGCUGAGGAUCGGAGACCGCAUCCUGGCUGUGAACGGGACCAGCCUGAUCGGAGCCGACUACCAGAGCGCCGUGGAUCUGAUUCGCCUGGGAGGAGGUCGCCUACGCUUCCUGGUGGCCAAGUCCGACCCCGACGUCUCGGAGAAGAUCAGCGCCUCCUCCUGCUGACUGUCUCCGAGCAACCGCUGCACAACACGGGAGGGAGAGGUAGGACAGCGAGACGACGCGGGAUACAGAUGUGUGCACUCGAACAGCACACACACAAACACACACAGCAUGACAUAUGGGUGUGAAAACUAGCGACAGCACAAAGCCAAGCAAUCAAACUGGAGAUUAACACUCCACGACUCCACAGCUGCCAGACCCGCUGCCCUCACGCUGACUCCAACUGGGUUUGUGUGACAGACAGAAUCCGUAACCCACGGCGACACCAAAGGGAGACGCUGCGAGGGAAAGCCGCCUAAUUAAUCAGCGUUGGAGGCAAUCGAGGUCUAGCCAGCCAGUACGCAGCCUGGGGUUUAAAGCACAGCAAACUUAAAACGUUUGAAUUUCCCUUUGGCUGGUGCUCGCAGCAUGUGAAAACAUUGGGAUAUUUUCCACAUGAAUUUUAGAAUAAUUGUACUAGACUUUCAGUAGCAUGGUGAAAUAGCUGCCCAUCUCUCAGAAACAAGGAACUGUGGACACGAACUGACUGUACUUCUUAAAGCACUUGCAGACAAACAUGAAGCCGAGGUUCUCUUCGAUGGAUGUUUUACACAACGCUUUUAGAGUGGAAUGUUUUCUAAUCCUGUUUGUUAACAACUCCCAAAGCCCUGUCUGCUCAACAGACUCUAUGAAUGUUGACUUUCGCACCAGAGAGUGGCUGUAAAAGGAGGAAGAAGUAAAGUCAAGACACAGCCCAGCUCCCCUAUUUCACAUUUAACCUCAUCAUGGACUUCAUCCCGCCACGGACAACGGAGGAGUUCCGGAUGCUCCACGUGCACAGGGGAUGUGCAGCUGCUGGGGGACAUUGUUAUUUAUUAAUGACUGGAUCAUCAAGACCAAAAACUUUACUCCAGGUUCUGAUGCUCAAUCGUUGUGUGUAUAAGCUACACUUGUGUUGUUGUCAAUAUAUGCGGUAUUUAUCUGAGGUGUAAAUAGUCCUUUGUAAAUAUGAAACACCUGGUCACAUAUUGUGUGGACAUUCAAAAGAGAAACUACAUUUUGGGGAUUUCUCUAUAACCUUCUUUGACUCUGAAAAAUACUGAUGGAAAAAAGGAGUGUAAUUUUCUAAAAUGGCAGAAAUAUAGUUGUGGAUUUAUUUGAAACAUUUAAAGAAUUCAAGAACUAUUAACAAGAAUCGACUUCUGAAAUUCUUAUUCCAGAAGGGUCAUUAGCUGCACUUUGAUUCAGCAGUUACUCAAAGUACAGAAAAGCAUGUCUUACUGGUGGUAUCUAGCUAAAGUCCCUUUUGAGGUUUGAGAUAUUUCUGAUUAAGAAUUUCCUUCUAACCCUUCCUGGUUGUUCACAGAAUUAUCAAAUUUCGCCUAAACAUUAAACAGGAGCUGUCUUUCCAGAGAUAGCGUAUUUUCAGUUUCUCUGGAUGAUAUACUAACCCAGGGUUCGAGUUAUAAUCUGAGUUUUAUGGGGGUCUUUAAAACUGACGUUAGGGGCGGAGAUAAAUAUAUCAAUGACAGCCGGGUAAUAACGUUAAUAACGGGUGAUAUUUAUAUACCUUUGAGGUGAAGUGAAGGCAUAUUGUCAUUCAAGAGAGAAUACGAUGCGUAGUUCUUUUGGAAAACAUGUUAAAUAA